GUCACGCGCACGGCGCUGCCUUUCCGGGUCCGGUCUCACAGCGAGCAGCAGAGAUGUUGAUGCCCAAGAAGAACCGCAUUGCGAUCUACGAGCUCCUCUUUAAGGAGGGCGUGAUGGUGGCCAAGAAGGACGUGCACCUGGCCAAGCACCCCGAGCUGGCGGACAAGAACGUGCCCAACCUGCACGUGAUGAAGGCCAUGCAGUCUCUGAAGUCCUGCGGCUACGUCAAGGAGCAGUUUGCCUGGCGCCAUUUCUACUGGUACCUGACCAAUGAGGGCAUCCAGUACCUGAGGGACUUCCUGCACCUGCCCCCCGAAAUCGUGCCCGCGACCCUGCGCCGGCAGACCCGUCCCGAAACAGCCCGACCCCGGCCCAAAGGUCUGGAGGGGGAGAGGCCAGCCCGUCUGGCCCGCGGUGAGGCCGACAGGGACACCUACAGGCGCUCCGCUGCUCCACCUGGUGCUGAUAAGAAGGCUGAAGCUGGUGCUGGAGCUGCCACAGAAUUCCAGUUUAGAGGCGGGUUCGGCCGUGGGCGGGGUCAGCAGCCACAGUAAUGCUACUCUUUUCUUGUAUAAUAAAGUCUCCAAACUGAAAAAAAA